AUGGCGGACAUCGAGAAAAGGACUUCCACGAGAACCGACACCGUCGCCACCCCCAAGCGAGACGCCAGUGCCGAGCACCACGAGAUGAACUUCCACCAUGGCCAGACAACCACCGAGAUCAGCUAUGACAACAAGGGCAUCAGCGGUAUUGUGCGGUCGCCCUAUGUGUUUGGUGCCGCCCUCUUGGCCUCCUUUGGUGGCUUCUCCUUCGGGUACGACCAGGGUGUCAUCUCCCUCAUCCUGACGAUGCCACAAUUUCACGACCACUUCCCCCAGGUGGCUCCGGGCCACGCUCACUAUGGCUUCAACACGGGCUUCAUGACUGGUAUGCUGGAGUUUGGCGCCUUUAUUGGCUGUCUAUUCUUCCCCAUGCUUGCCGACCGUUACUCAAGAAAAUGGGCUCUUGCCGUUGCUACAGCAUUCUUCUGUGUUGGUGCGAUCAUUCAGACCGCCUCACACAACUAUGGGACUCUCGUCGCUGGGCGGACCAUCGGUGGCGUGGGCGUGGGAACCCUCGCCAUGGGGGCACCAUUGUAUAUCUCCGAGAUCGCACCUCCCAAUCUGAGGGGCUCCCUGCUCGUUCUUGAAGCCAUCUCCAUUGUCAUUGGGGCCAUCAUUGCUUACUGGAUCACAUAUGGCACCCGCGAAAUUACAGGUGAAUGGGCUUUCAGGCUGUCCUUCCUACUGCAGAUGGCUCCUGCCCUGAUGGUCGGCAUUGGUAUCCAAUUCUUCCCAUUCUCUCCAAGAUGGCUGGCCAUGCGCCACCGCGAUGAGGACAGCCUGAAGUCGCUCGAGAAACUUCGACGCCUUCCAGGAACAGAUGGCCGUGUUCAGAUGGAAUGGAAGGGUAUUCUCAGCGAGGUCGAAUUUCAGGAGCGCAUGCUGGUCCUUGAACAUGGUGCAAACGCAAAUCCCGUCAUCCUUGAGCUCAAGCAAUGGGCAGAUCUCUUCAAACCCAAGUACAUUCGCCGUACUGCAGUUGCGCUUGCUAUUCCAUUCUUCCAGCAGUUCUCUGGCAUCAACGCGUUUGUGUACUAUGCACCAAUUUUCUUCUCCGCUCUCGGUCAAGACUACGAAAUGUCUCUCAUUCUCAGCGGUAUGGUCAACAUCUGCCAGUUCGUUGCUGGAAUCCCGACCUUUCUGUUCCUUGACAAGAUGGGCCGCCGCAAGCUUGCCAUCUUCGGAGGUGUCGCUAUGGGUAUUCCGCAUAUGAUCAUGGCCGGCAUUGUGAGCAAGUACAACAAUAAGUGGGUGGAUCAUCCCGGAGUCGGCUGGUUCGGCGUGGCUCUCAUCUACAUCUACGUCCUUGCAUAUGCUUGCUCCUAUGGCCCAUUGGCAUGGACUCUUCCCGCAGAGGUGUUCCCGAAUUCUAAGCGCGCCAAGGGUGUUGGCGCUGCCACAGCAAUGGUGUGGCUCGCAAAUUUUGUCAUCGGCGUCAUCGUCCCUGAGAUGCAACUGAAGCUCGGUUGGGGCACCUACCUCUUCUUUGGCUGCUUCUGCUUUGCCGCCUCGGUAUUUUCCUUCUUCUUCGUUCCGGAAACGGCGGGCAAGAGCUUGGAACAGAUCGCGGCUGUCUUCGGGGAUAAGCUCUGUAAUGACGAGCUCCAGAUUCAAGCACAGGUCGCCGAGGAGGUGUGGACGCACGGGAGCAGACGUCCAAGUGCCGUUCGAGCAUAUGCCAUGCCGGCAAGAAACACUCGCGUCUUUUUCUACUGGAUGGUGCGGCAUAUUAAGGUCGUCUACGAUAAGUUUUACGGCGGCGAAGACCCGGUUAUAUAG